AUGGUGAAAUCGCUAGUUAAUUCCCCCAAUUCGGGGCUUGAAGCAGGUGAAUCUUCCAAUAUUAAUGAACAUAUAGCGUCACCACCAAUUCCAAUAACGGGUAAUAAUAAUCAUUCUAAAUAUGACCAAAUAUACAUAGGGGACUCUGGAUUAGAUCCAUUGGACUACGCACCUCCAAUAGUGCAUAACCAGCUGUAUAUACAUCAGUAUAACAAACAGCAGCAACAACUACAACAACAACAAAGGUUACUAAUCAUACAACAACGUCAACUACAACAAUUACAACAAUUGCAACAGGAACAGAAUCACGCAAACUUACAACAAUACCAGAAAGAUCACACCACUAAUACAGGCUACAAUACUAUUUAUAGCAACCUACAAGGUGUCGCUUCAGCUGAUAAUAUCAAAAAUAAUGUCCAACAAUCUACACAUCAUCAAUCAAUCUUUAAUUUUGAUGAUAUUUCAUCGUUGGGCCUCAUUGACUCUCAGUAUUCCAAACCACAAUCUGCAGACUUUACUUAUAAUAAAUUUGAUUUUGAACUAGCAAAUCCUUCUUUAGAAUCCAUACCAGAUUCAAUAAGUAAUCCUUUCGAUUAUGCUGGAUCUCAAAACUGUUUAGUACCAACUCCUAAUGCCCAUGCUGGAAUUAGUCACUCUCCUUACAAUGCAACCAUCAACGACACUUUUACUUCUUCAUUUUCAGAUACUUCAAGUUUCACUCCAAAUUCUGCAACUGAAGAGUAUUUUAGACCUAUGAUGGGUUCAUCAUUAAAACAUCUGACCAGUUUGUCCGCAUUUCCACCAGCAAUUAAGUCUGGCAAUUCAAACUCUAAAAUCAACAAAAAGUCAUUGAACGAGCUUAACACAUCCUUAGAUAGUAAGAAAAGUCUAAUGAUGCCAACAAAUUUUGCAACAUCGACUACAAGUUCUUCGCCCUCUGUUGAAUCGCCUAGUUGGGCAGGCGCUUCUCCAAUAUACAAUAGAUACAAGGGUGCUGAUUUCAGCGGCAAUACAAACUUACGGGUUGAUCCUCAGACACCCAACCCAAAAAUAGUGCAUCAUAACUCUGAAAGCUUCCCAUCUUCUAGCAAUUCUCAACGUCUAGAAGAAGGAAGAAGAAAAACUUAUCCAUUGUUUAAUGAAUUUCUGGUGUCUACACUGGAGAGACUGACUCCUAGCAAAAGCUCACAUAGUUUGUUGAGUACACAGACUGGUUUAGACAAACCGAAGAAGUAUACCAGAAGAAGAUUACUUCCGAGGUCAAAAAAUGGAUGUUGGAUUUGUCGAAUAAAGCAUCUUAAGUGCGAUGAAACAAGACCCUUUUGUACAAGCUGUGCAAAACUAGGAAUUGAAUGUGAUUAUUCAUCAGAAAGGCCAGAUUACAUUACAGAUAAGAAUUUAAAGAAGGAAAAGCUAGCUAGCAUAUCUGUCAUCAGAAAACUGAAGCAAGCAAAUAAUAAAUACAAAAUAUAG